AGACGGGUGAAGCGUUUCAUUUACCCGAACAAAGUGUCAAAUAUUUGAUCAGGCGUGAUCGUCUUCAUUUCCAUUAAUUGCUACCGUGUGUAUGUACAACACUCCACUUGAUUGACUUGUCAAAAUUCCUCUUCUCCAACGCUUUUAAUUAUCUGCCCAUCAUCGGGAAUACUGGGCCAGCUAACUAGCCGUAUCGGCUGCAAAUCCGGUUAAUACCCAUUGUUCCUAACUUCCUAUCACCUAUCCGGCUACAGAAUGUGGAGACUUUGCGCUGUGUUAUGCGUGUUUUUGAUUUAUCCCCAUGUUUCCUGCGGAUCGUCGCAUGCUCAUCAGUCCCGUAAUCAUCUCCAUAACCGGCAAGCGGUGCUGAUUCCCAAGGAAGAAAUGAGGGAUAUCAAUGGGCUGCAGUGUCCGCCGUGCGCCAAAAUGUUCUGUCCACGGAAAUCCCGGCUUAUGUGCAAAGGCGGCUUAUCGCUCGAUGUCUGCCAGUGUUGCGCUGUGUGCGCCAAAGUGGAGAAUGAGCAGUGCGGUGGCAAGGGGAAUUAUUUCGGCACUUGUGAUGCGGGAUUAUAUUGCAGCUAUGCUGCGUCGGAUGCGGCCACGAUGACCACGUCGGCCGGUGACGGGGACGCGGAUCUCGCGGCUAACCACGGCAUCUGCCGAAAACAAAAGAGUGCCGAAAGAGCGGUGAAGGAUAUCUUUGGCUUGGCAGAUGAGGCACAAAGGGACUCUGGCCCGGUUAAGGAAUCCGUCUGUCAGCCGAAAUGCACUCCCGAAUUGUGCACGAAGAAUCCCCGGGCCAUCUGUUCCGCUAUUGACAACGCAGAUGAAACGCGUCCCUGCCAGACCGGCUGCCAGCACACUUCCUGCAUGGCGUGCCGUUUCACCAAUUCUGAUCCACAAGCGUGUCCGAGCUGCCGGACGGAUGACUUCCACUGUAUGAAACGCUACGGACGCUGCAUAAGAAAGCAAACCUGCUGGCGCCGCAAAUUUCCGUGCUCCAAAGCCAUGCUCCAGAGUAUUUCCGGAAAAUUUCAGUGUCUGAUUCCGGAAUGUCCCGGAUAAAUGGGCAAACAGGGAUGAAUGAGCCCACCUGUUGAUUGUGGAAUACUCAACGCCAGUCCAUGGAUCCCGUGAUCUGCAUUUUGUUAUUUGUAUGCAAUAGCUUUUCUUAAUAAUUAAACUAUCGCGUAACUGAUGUGCCAAAAUGUUCGCAUUUAUUAUCAAUUGAUGGAAUCGUUUCACUUAGUUACAGUACUGCUGUCCGUGACCAAUUACAACUACCAGUAUGUUUUGGAAUUUGUUAUAAUUGUGCCUGAUGUAGCGCUGAAUAGGAUUACGGAACUUUUGCUGCGUUGUUAUUGUUUAUUCGAACAAUUAUGAAAAGAGAUUUUGUUCUGUUUGGA